AUGGCGGGGUUCUUCCAGAAGCUCAAAGGGGCCGGAUCUGGUGGUUCAAAAUCCGAUAGCACCACAACCACAAAGAACAAGAAGGACGAACCUCAACCAGACUUAACACCGCUCGAGAAGUUGUUGCCCAUUUCGGGCCCCAUUCGGGAGGACGGCAGUGACAAGUUCUUUGGGUUGGAGAAUUUCGGAAACACCUGCUAUUGCAACUCAAUUGUCCAAGCAUUAUAUCACUCAGAGCAGUUUCGAGAGCAUGUCGUCAAUUAUCCCCUGCCCCAACCUGGGGACCACCCGAACGGAACUAGGCAGAAAGUCAACGUCACAAUACGGUCCCCAGCUCAGGUGGACACAAAUGGUGCUGCCCCUGGGCCGAACAAACCGCGACAAUCUUUCAGUGGUGGCCAACUAGCGCCCCCCGUACCACCCUUGCGACCCGAGGACAAGCCAGAUUCACCGGAGUACAAGAAAAAGCAGGCUAUGGUCAAGGGGCCAGUAUUAGAACUGGCAGAGGAGAAUAAGGACUUGUCCGGCAUAGAAGAAUGCACCUUCACAGGCCUACGAGACAUUUUCACGACCUUCAUCGACAGCCAGUCCAGAACAGGGGUGCUGAGCCCACAACGAUUCCUGGACAUCUUUAAGCGCAAUAAUGAGAUGUUCCGGAACUCGAUGCACCAGGAUGCCCAUGAGUUUUACGGCAUAGUCCUCAACGACGUCAUUGCCAACGUGGAGGCCAACGCCAAGCGGAUGCAAGAGCAAGCGGAAAGCCGAAACGAGAAUGGCCCAUCCCAGAUAACAGACACGGCAUUGUCAAAAGCCGGUUCUGGGGCAGUGACACGGGCUUCGGGGACUGGAUGGGUACACGACAUAUUCGAGGGUGUGCUAACAUCAGAAACCAGGUGUUUGACCUGCGAGACGGCAUCACAGCGUGACGAGACGUUUUUGGAUUUAUCCAUAGACCUGGAGGAGCACUCUUCUGUGACUGCUUGUCUGCAAAGUUUCUCGGCAGAGGAGAUGCUGUGCGAGAGGAACAAGUUCCACUGCGACCACUGCGGUGGUUUGCAGGAAGCGGAAAAGCGAAUGAAGGUCAAGAAACUACCCAAGGUCCUCGCUUUACAUCUGAAGCGGUUUAAGUACACCGAGGAUUACAGCCGGCUGCAGAAGCUUUUCCACCGCGUUGUCUACCCUUACCAUCUCCGCAUGUUCAACACCACCGACGACGCCGAAGACCCCGACAGGAUGUACGAGUUGUACGCCGUCGUAGUACAUAUUGGAGGUAAUGCCUACCAUGGGCACUACGUCGCCGUCAUCAAGACAAAGGAUCGCGGGUGGCUGCUCUUCGACGAUGAGAUGGUUGAGCCUGUAGACAAGAAUUUCGUCCGGAACUUCUUCGGGGACAAGCCCGGAAUGGCUUGUGCUUAUGUGCUGUUCUACCAGGAGACGACGUUCGAGAAGGUGCGGGAAGAGAUGGACGCUGAGGGUGUGGACCAGGUGAAGCUGGCCGCCCAAGCAGCUGAUCUCGCGACGGCGACCGAGGCGGCCAGCGGGUCGAGUCAGGUUAUGCUCUCCAAACUCAACUCACAACCGCUGCCCGCAGUUGAUGAGAACGAAACACUAGUCGCGCUCGACCAAACCAAGUCAGCCCCUACUGAUAUCGACUCUACCACCCCCAGCGGCCCGCUCCCACCACCGCUCUCCUCUUCCGAAAUCCACCCCCUGGUCGCAGCGCCACCCACCGGCUCAGCCGUUACGACAGAGGCAGACAAAGCCGCCACUUCUCCGCCGAAAUCUAAGGACCAAAUUGCCAGGGAAAAGAAGGAACUUAAAGCUCAAGAGAAGGCCGAGGAGAAGGCUCGGAAAGCCGCCGAGAAGGAACAAAUGCGCGCCGCAGCAAAGGAGCGCCUAGAGGCGCAACAGAAGAUGCGAGAGACGGCCCGGCUCGAACGCGAACAAUUCCACAAAGCCAUCCAAGAAAGCAAGCAAAUGGCAGCCGAGGAAGAGAGGCGCCAAAAGAAAGAGGGCGCCGCCACAGCAGACACAGCUACUUCCUCUGAUGCGGGUGGCAGCGACGAGAAUCACUGGAACGGUUUCCUUAACCGCACUACUCGGACAAGCAAAUCCAUGGCUCGCAAAUCCAUGACCCGCAAGAGCUUUGCUUUCCUGCAUAUCGGGCAAAACAAGGACGAGGGCAAGAGCAGCGACGCCAAAGCCGACAAAACGGACCGCGGGGAGACCAACGGCGAGAACCGGUUUGACAAGGGCGAGACCAGCGCCGGCGGCGGAGAGAAUGCUGCACCCCACUAUCAGAACGGGAGCAGCAAUAGCAUCGGGCCCGCCGGAAAACAUACCCACCUUCUACCACGGUCCAUGCCGCGGUCCGAGACGGCACCCGGGGCAAUCGCCCAGUUGCCGAACCACGGCAAUCACGACAAGGAGAAGGAUAAAGAGAAGGAGACCCAGAAGCCGCCAUUGAAGGAGAGGUUUACCUUCGGGUUGGGCAAGAAGAAGAGCAGCAAGUUUUUGUCUUCGUCCUAG